AUAUGAAAGAAUGUUCCCUGCAUUUUAUCGAUGAUGAUUAUUUUUAUCGAGAUUCCAGUUCUACACAGAAAAAAUGUUUGAAAAAGACUGCUAUGCAUUCCAGAAAUCUUCCUGUUGGAUCUACUACCACAAAGGAAGAACCUGAAUGUUCUAGUAGUAGAUCUGAAAGAUUGAAACAAAGAAAUAUCAAAAAAAAAAAACUUGAUUGUCAUCAGUUCAAAAUAAAGUUGAUCAGGCCACCAUUUUCAAAAGAUAAAAAACAGUUGAGUACCGAGGAAGCAUUGUUGAAUGCUAAAAUAGCAGCUGCUCGAGUACAUAUUGAAAGAGUCAAUCAGCGUAUCAAGAUAUUUAAAAUUUUAGGAGGUAAAUUGCAGUGGUCUCUUGUGAAGAAAGUUGAAGAUAUAUUUACAAUUGCUUGUGCUGUAACCAAUUUGUCCAAUUCAAUUUUUGCAGAACAUAGAUUUUUAAGGAAUAAGAUUACUUAA